AUGACUCGUCAUGAGGUUUCUUCCAAAGAACCAGCGACUUCGGAACUUGUUGUUGUUCUGGAUAAUGAUGACGAAUUUCCUGAUGGAGGUUUAAGGGCCAACUUUGUUCUAGUGGGAUCCUUCCUUGGAUUAACCGCGAGCUUUGGUAUGCUCAACUCCGUAGGGGCUAUUCAAGCGUACCUUUCGCAAAAUCAAUUAAAAGGCGUCAAAUCUCUGACUGUUUCAUGGAUAUUUUCCAUAUUUUUUUGUCUUGCUUAUUCAUUUGGGAUAUUCGUUGGACCAUUUUUCGACGCUAGGGGACCCAAAAUCCCGCUUAUUGGUGGACUACUCCUUAUAUCGGGUGGUUUUAUGGCCGUAGCUUCGUGCGAUAAAGUCUGGCAGUUCAUUCUAGGGUUAUCAAUUUGUGUUGGUGUUGGAAAUGCAUUAUGUAUUACUCCAUUGAUUGGAGUCGUGAGCCAAUGGUUUUAUUUAAAACGUGGAAGAGCUACUGGAUUAGCUACCACUGGCGGUUCAGUUGGAGGAAUUGUUAUUCCUUUGAUGUUGAGAGGUUUAUAUCCCAAGGUAGGUUUUGCUUGGGCCAUAAGAAUCUUGGGAUUUUUCAGUUUCGGUUGUAUUAUUGUUUCAAUAGUUCUUGCUAAGGGCCGAUUUCUUUCAUCAUCAACUAGUGAGAGACAAGUAGAUGAUUUAGAACAUUUACCGCCAACAUCUACGAGAAAGAAAGUUACACAUUUUCUAACUGGGAGUGAUGUAAGAUAUUUUGAUUUUUCAAAUUUACUUGAUUGGAAGUAUUCAUUUUUAAUUGGAGGUGUAUUUCUUGAAGAAUUCGCACUUAUGUUAAUUGUUACUUAUUUUGCAACAUAUGCAAUAACUCAAGGUGUUUCAGAAUCAGAUUCAUAUCUUAUGCUUACUGUGUUCAAUGCAACAGGAAUUCCUGGUAGAUGGCUUCCAGGAUACUUUUCUGAUAUAAUUGGUCAUUUCAAUGUAAUGUUAUUGAUGCUUACAGGGGUAUGUUUGUCAAUAUUUAUAGUUUGGUUACCUUUUGGAGCCCAUCCUCAGGCGCUUUGGGCGUUUGCUGCUAUUUGUGGAUUUUUCUCAGCACUGAUUUUAUCGUUAACUCCAGUUUGUUUGGGUCUGAUUACUCCAGUAAAUAAGUUUGGGGAAAGAUUUGGUAUGAUGUAUUUCUUUGUAAGUAUUGGAAAUUUAUUUGGGUUUCCAAUGGCUGCUGCAAUAAUUGGUGAUGGAUCUAAGCAUAAUUAUGACAUGUUUGUGGUAUUUUGUGGCUUAUUAGCGGUUACAGGUAGUAUCAGUUGGGCAGCCAGUAGAUACUGUCUUGUUGGAUUCAAAUUGAAUGUAAAAAUAUAA